AUGCGGCUUACGAAGACGAGCGACCUUCGGGCAUAUUGGGACUCCACUCACACCUUCCAGGUAAGCAUCACCAAGUGUCGCGCCAGUCGAUAUUUGGAGGCGUUCUACACUGAUCGCAAGCAGCGUCGAUCCAGAGCCGGUGCCCGGUGUAAGUCGUUCCUUCAACAGGUGCUGAUCUGCAUGCUCCAGGGCUACUGCGACCUCGACCUGUUGCUGGAUCCAUUCUUUCUACACUUCCCCCGUCAAGGCGAGGCGGGUGCUUGGUAUCCUGGGAUUGAGGACGGGGCCGAUCCUGAAGAUCUACUGAAGGCGUCGAUCAUCACGGACAACACCGAUCUGGCUUAA